UCCCUCGCUGCCUGCUGCCGCUCCUCCUACUCCUACUCGGUGACGGAGGCUGCGCUGGUGUUGCCGCCGCCGAGGCUGGCGCGGCAGUUGCUUCAAGGCGGCGGCAGAGACGGUGAGAACCGAAGGGUGGAGAAGGAUGGCGGCGUCGACGGCGGCCGGAGUAGUGUCGACGACGGGCAACACCGAGCGGCUCGGAUGGUCUUUGCUGCUUCUCUUGGGGCUUACUGGCCCGGCGGCGACGCUGGCUGGCUACAUUGAGGCACUUGCUGCCAAUGCUGGCACAGGAUUUGCUGUGGCUGAGCCUCAGAUUGCCAUGUUCUGUGGAAAGCUCAAUAUGCAUGUGAAUAUCCAGACUGGAAAAUGGGAACCUGAUACUUUUGGGACAAAGAGCUGUUUUGAAAGGAAAGAAGAGAUUCUGCAGUACUGCCAGGAGAUUUAUCCAGAGCUUCAGAUUACAAAUGUGGUGGAAGCCAACGAACCAGUCAGCAUUGAAAACUGGUGUAAAAAAGGCAAGAAGCAAUGCAAAGGCCAUACCCAUAUUGUUGUUCCCUUCAAGUGUCUUGUGGGCGAGUUUGUCAGUGAUGUCCUCUUGGUUCCAGAAAAGUGCAGAUUCUUCCACAGGGAACGGAUGGAUGUGUGUAACAGUCACCAGUACUGGCACACUAUAGCAAAAGAGGCCUGUUUGACUGAGGGGGUGAUCCUGCAUAGCUAUGGCAUGUUGCUUCCUUGUGGAGUAGACCAGUUCCAUGGCACGGAGUAUGUGUGCUGCCCUCAGACCAAAAUUGUUGACGAAGCACUUUCCAAGGAAGAGGAGGAGGAGGAAGAAGAGGAGGAAGAGGAGGAGGAGGAGGAAGACUAUGACAGUUACAAAAGUGAGUUCCCUACCGAGGCAAAUACAGAAGAUUUCACAGCAGCAAUAGCGGCGAUAGAUGAUGAAGAGGAGCAAGAAGAAGAUGAAGAGGAAGUGGUAAUAGACCGGGAUUACUACUAUGAUGGCUAUAAAGAUUACAAUGAAGAGCCUCCAACAGAGCCAAGCAGUGAAAAAUCUCUUGCUGAGAAGGAAAUAAUGAGUGAUGUGAAAGCUGUCUGCUCCCAGGAGGCGAUGACAGGUCCCUGCCGGGCUGUGAUGCCUCGUUGGUACUUCGACAUGUACAAGAAAAAGUGCAUUCGCUUUAUAUAUGGAGGCUGCGGAGGCAACAGGAACAAUUUUGAGUCAGAGGAAUAUUGUAUGGCUGUGUGUAAAAAGAUGAUUCCUCCUACUCCUGUGCCUACUGAUGAUGUGGAUGUCUACUUUGAAACACAAGCUGAUGACAAUGAGCAUGCCCGUUUUCAGAAAGCAAAAGAACAGCUAGAGGUUCGACAUCGCAACCGCAUGGACAGGGUGAAGAAGGAAUGGGAAGAAGCAGAGCGUCAAGCCAAGAAUCUUCCAAAAGCAGAAAGGCAGGCUCUCAUGCAGCGAUUCCAGGCAACAGCUAAAUCGCUGGAGAAGGAAGCAGCCAGUGAGAAACAACAACUUGUGGAGACUCAUCUAGCUCGUGUGGAAGCAAUGCUGGAUGACCGCCGUCGCAUUGCCCUUGAAAAUUACCUAGUUGCUCUGCAGACUGAUUCUCCACGGCCUCACCGUAUCCUCCAAGCUUUAAAGCGUUAUAUUCGCACUGAAAACAAAGACCGUCUGCACACGAUCCGCCACUACCAGCACGCUUUGGCUGUUGACCCAGAGAAGGCUGCACAGAUGAAGUCACAGGUGAUGACACAUCUCCAUGUGAUUGAAGAGAGAAUGAAUCAAAGUCUGUCUUUGCUCUACAAGGUACCUUAUGUGGCUGAAGAAAUCCAAAAUGAAAUUGAUGAACUACUUCAAGAACAGCGGGCUGACAUGGACCAGUUUACUUCCUCCAUUUCCGAAUCCCAAGUGGAUGCCCAUGUGAGCUCUGAAGAGAGUGAGGAGUCUCCCCUCUUUGAUGGCAAACCUUUCCGUCCAUUCCAGGUGAAAACUUUCCCAGCCUCAUUGGACAAUGAAGAUUCUCAGCCGGAUUUGUACCAUCCAGUGAAAAAAGGGUCUGGCAUGGCUGACCUUAAUGGACUGAUUGGAGCAGAAGAGAAAGUAAUUAACAGCAAGAACAAGUUGGAUGAGAAUGUGGUAAUUGAUGAAACCCUUGAUGUGAAGGAAAUGAUUUUCAAUCCUGAGCGAGUUGGUGGACUGGUGGAUGAGCCGGAAAAUGACAAUGCACUGCAUGACGACUUCAGCUUCAGCAGCAGUGCUCUCAUUGGCCUCCUGGUGAUAGCAGUUGCCAUAGCCACAGUCAUAGUCAUCAGCUUGGUGAUGCUGAGGAAGAGACAGUAUGGAACCAUUAGCCAUGGAAUUGUAGAGGUUGAUCCGAUGCUAACCCCAGAAGAGCGGCAUCUGAACAAGAUGCAGAACCAUGGAUAUGAAAACCCAACAUACAAAUAUUUGGAGCAGAUGCAGAUUUAAAAGUUAUUGAAACUGCAGCAGCCUUGACCAGCAGAGGAUCAGGGUGGGGAGGGCCAAAAUGGUCCAGUAUUUUGGAUCAACUAUUGACCAACAGUUGCUUGAAGAGGACUUCAUCUUCCAUUCAGAACUCCUGGAUCAUUUAAGACUUAAUUACUACUGUAGAGUUGCAAAUUCCAUUCUUUUAAAUGGGUGAGGAAAUGAUAAUAUAACAAUAUAUGAUAUAUAAACCUUAAAUGGGAAAAUGAUAUAUUGCAGAUAUUUGAGAUGUAGUUUUCUUUUUCUUUUUAAAGAAACUUAAAUCUAAUGAGAGAAAAUCCCAGUGCUGUUGUAUUGUCUGAUAACAAGCUCUCUGUAUAAAUGAGAAACGUUGUUUUACUUCUGAUACACCACUUGAAUAUUCAAGGUCAUGUACCAACCACGUUGUAUAAAUAAGACAUGUGGCUCUUUUGGUCAUUCUGGCUUUUAUAUAUAUACACAUAUAUAAAAGCAGUAUUCCUUUUUUAAAAAAGAUAAUUUCCCCCAAAGUUGCAAAAAUGAUGAAUUGGGCUUUAGGGGCUUUGGGAGAGAGAAAUAACCAGGGAAGCAAAUUCACAAUAAAGGAAACCUUAUAUAAAUUCUCAUGCCAUUGGCCUGUGCACUGCUGCUGCUGCGUGGCUUGGCUUUCAGAAAUCUAGACCCUGUAGAGGUAAGGAGGGAAAAAGCUUCAGCCAUUUUAGGGCCGCCUUAGUGAAAUACUUGGACAUGGUUAGUGCAUAUUGGGAUUGCAUACUUUGCCUUGCUUUCUGGACCCAGUCAUUGUACAAUUGGUAGCCUUUACAUUUGAAUUCAGACCCUUUCCUUCCUCCGUAAAUCAGCCUCCUUUAGCACCCUGCUUAGUGUAAGUGAACCUCUCUUUGUUAAUGUACCCCAAGCCCCCUCCCUUUAUGGUAGAUCAUGAUCAUUAAAAGUUUGGGAGGCUGAUAUAUCUUCCCAAGGAAGCUAGAGUUGAUACUGGGGUGUCUUCAUAAUUGGAGUCACUGAUAUGCCUGUAAAUAACACAGGCAUUGGUGAACUCAAGGAAUGACUGCAGUUUUGCUCUCCAUUAUGGGUGGAAUUAGGGAGGAUAGAGGGGAUGAUGUCUGCAUUAUGGAAAAGAGAAGGGAAUCUGAAGUGUCAAGGAGACUGAUCCAUUCACCACCAUGUCUUUGUAAUGCUUGUAUAGUUGGUGUUAAUGCUCACAGCUUUUUUAAAAUUCUGGAGGUUCUGGUAACCUGUGGUGUAUUUUUUUCUAUUUUUUGUGACCUUCCUUUAUCUUCCACCCUUUACCAUGUCUCUUCCCACUAUGCACAGAUUUACUUAACCUGCAGACUCCUUAAUGUGGUCUGUGGGGAAUGUGAAAAGUUGGAAACACAUCAAUAAACACUUUAACUUCCA